AAAGAGGAUCCCAAUUUAUUAAUUACUAUGAGAUUUACAACGGACCAAUAGGGCCAUUUCAAUCAGCGCUGACUAAGAAUACAAAUAUAAUGCCAGGGUUGCAAGGUAAAUGCAGAUGGCAAAAAGGGGUGGUGAUGGUCUGUCUUCAUCCUUCUCCUGUACCACUCCACAACCUGCUCUUGUCCUCAGAGGUCAACGGCUGCCCUCAGUUCCUCAAAAAGUGAAGAACAGUUAAAAACAGCUUACUCUUCAAGCCUGAAACACAGGCUGAGGGGAGGAGGCAGGAGUAUCGUUAAUUCUAACGCCUGAAAUUACCUCCUGGGAUGUGUGCUAAUUUUCUCAAAGUCAGUUUUGGGGGGAGGAGCGUGAUAACUUUCAUCUUUCAGACAGGAAAUUUAAUCUUGGUUUGGAUUUUGCAAAUUACUUAGCAACCUUAAACCGACGCCUCUUUCUGCUUUCGGUCCUCAGGUUAGUCUGCGUCAAAGAGCCAGGCGCGCGAGGGCUCCCCUCCCAGCACAGAGCACCUGCAAAUACUCAAGCCUUUCCUGGAUGAGCCCAAGCUGGCUAUAAACGAACCUGGGCGACUCGGAUCACUUUCUGGCAUUUUAUCAGUUGUAGCGAUUAGGCUGAAAAGAUCCCGGGGCUCCUUUGACAUGAGAAAACGAAUGUCCACGUGUCCUGUCAGAAAGCCAAUGAGAAACUUGGAGCGGAGGUCCUGAGCGUGGAGAAGGCACGACCUCCGGUCCCCGCGUCCUGCGGGAGCCUCCUCAGUCGCCCAAGUCCACCUCAUCUCCGGGCAGGGCCACAGGGCGGCGGACGGCCCAGAGUCCGGUCCCCGGGGGGCGGGCGGGGUCCGCAGGGGCCAAGCUCGGGGUCGGAAAGGGUGGGGAGGUCCCUCGGUCCGCGGUCAGGGGUGCGGGCCGGGGUCCAGAACCGGAGGAAGGGCUCCGGAUGCUCGAGGCCGGGGUGGGAAGGGGAGUCGGGACCCGGAGGACCGAGGUGCGGGAGUGGCGUCUGGGUCCGACAGCCUGAGCCCCGCCAGGCUCCGCGCGCGCAGCCCGGCCCGCCCCGCGGCCCCGCGCCCCGCCUCCUCAGGCGGCGGCCAUGGCGGCCUGGCGGGUCCCAGCGUCCGCGCUCGGGAGGCCGCGGCCGGCCGCCCCGCCGCCAGAGCUGUCGCCCCGUGACGGAGCAGCGUUCCGACGGCGCCGCGGCAUGCCCCUCUGCUCGGCUGCGCGGGAAGACGGCGGUGGUCUCGGGCCCGACUCGCAGGGCGGGCCGGAGGAAGCGGCCAAGCGCCCGGCGAGCAAAGAGUUAACGGCUGCGGAGCGGAGAAUCGCGGAACUACACGCGGCCGCCUGCGCGGCUGGCCAGCUAAACUACGUGGACCCAGCUACCGGCUGCGUGGUGUUCACCCGGCUGGCCCACUUGCAGAGAGGCCAGUGCUGCGGCUCUGCCUGCAGACACUGUCCAUAUGGUCAAAUCAAUGUUAAAGAUCCAUCCAAAAAGAAGCAGUUCAAUUCAUAUUUUUAUGUGUGACAACAAUUUUAUCUCUGUUCUCCAUCUAACUGAGCCUUAUUAAAAAUAAAUAAAUUUUAAUCCAGAA